AUGCAGGGCGGGCCGGCUAGGCUGAUAACCGACAACGGCUCGGCCUCGCGCCAGACGCCCUUCUGGAUCUGCCCCGAGUGCGGCAACAUGCUGCACCCGAAGGAGGACAAGGCGUCGCGCACGCUCAAGCGCGAGUGCCGCCACUGCAUGCGCUUGGACGACGCGGACUCGAACCUGGUGCACGUGAACGACAUGAGGCCCGAGGGGGGGCUGAGCGAGGCGGGCGCCGACACCGUCGCCGACCCGACGCUGCCGCGCGCCUCGGGCACAGAGUGCAACUCGUGCGGCCACACCGAGGCUGUCUUCUUCCAGGCGCCGAUGAAGUCGGACGAGGGGAUGAAGCUGAUCUUUAUGUGCACCAAGUGCGCCUACCGGUGGAAGCAGUAG